AUGUCCGGCGCGGCAGCCUCUGCGGGAGCCUCAAAAUUCCAAGCGUUUAUGAACCACCCUGCGGGCCCGAAGACGGUGUUCUUCUGGGCCCCGAUGAUGAAGUGGUGCUUGGUUAUGGCGGGUUUGAAGGAUUUGUCGCGCCCAGCUGACAAGCUGAGUAUGUCGCAAAACCUUGCCCUCGCCGCUACAGGUGUAAUCUGGGUACGCUACUCCUUCGUCAUCACGCCCGUCAACUACAGUUUGGCCGCGGUAAACCUCUUUGUUGGUGCCACCGGCAUCUCCCAAAUGGCCCGUAUCUGGCAGUGA